AUGGACGAAGAUUACCGCUACAGAACGAAGGCCAAGAUUGCACUCAUUGCCAUCAUGGUUCUCGCUUCCCUCGCCGUCUUUGCCUUGCUCGUGGCCUUCGCUUACUACUGCUACAUCCUCAACAAGGUCUCCAACCGCCGCAAAAGCCUCAAAAAAGUUGAAGACUCUAAUCUUAAUGAGAAAAGCGACUUUGCAAAUCUGCAAGUUGUUGCCGAGAAAGGACUUCAGGUGUUCACUUUCAAGCAGCUGCAUUCUGCAACAGGGGGCUUCAGCAAGUCAAAUGUCGUUGGUCAUGGUGGAUUUGGACUUGUUUACCGGGGAGUGCUCAAUGAUGGCAGGAAAGUUGCAAUUAAAUUCAUGGAUCAGGCAGGAAAGCAAGGAGAAGAAGAAUUUAAAGUAGAGGUGGAAUUGCUAAGUCGGUUGCAUUCUCCAUAUCUUCUGGCAUUGCUUGGGUACUGCUCUGAUGCCAAUCAUAAAUUGCUGGUGUAUGAAUUUAUGGCAAAUGGUGGACUGCAGGAACAUCUUUAUCCCGUUAGCAAUUCUAUUAUUACACCCAUAAAGUUAGAUUGGGAAACGCGAUUAAGAAUAGCACUGGAAGCUGCUAAGGGUUUGGAAUAUCUUCAUGAGCAUGUCAGUCCCCCAGUUAUUCACAGAGAUUUUAAGAGCAGCAACAUCCUCUUGGAUAAGAAAUUUCAUGCCAAGGUAUCUGAUUUUGGAUUGGCAAAGCUUGGACCUGAUAGAGCUGGGGGACAUGUUUCAACUCGAGUUUUGGGCACCCAAGGAUAUGUGGCCCCUGAAUAUGCACUAACAGGGCAUUUGACAACAAAAUCGGAUGUGUACAGUUAUGGUGUUGUACUUUUGGAGCUGCUGACUGGCCGGGUGCCAGUAGAUAUGAAGAGACCUCCAGGAGAAGGUGUUCUUGUUUCUUGGGCUUUGCCCCUUUUGACUGAUAGAGAAAAGGUUGUAAAGAUUAUGGAUCCUUCAUUGGAGGGACAGUACUCUAUGAAAGAGGUUGUCCAGGUGGCUGCAAUUGCUGCAAUGUGUGUGCAACCAGAGGCAGAUUAUCGGCCUCUCAUGGCAGAUGUUGUGCAAUCAUUGGUUCCAUUGGUGAAGACUCAAAGGUCCCCUUCAAAGGUAGGAAACUGCUCUAGUUUCCACUCCCCUAAAUUGUCCCCCGGCCCAACAUUCAGUUAA